AUGUUUGUAUCGAAGAUCUCGAUUAUUAGUAUCAAAGCACAAUCUACUCGAUGGUUAAGAUUGAGUUUGUUGAAUCAAUCUACUUACCCUUCAAUUUCUAGAGAAUGGGAAGUAGUUGAAGCAGCUGCUCUACCCAAAGAGGCCAUACCCUUUCAACAAGUCGCAGGCUAUGAUGUUGCUGGCUGCCAUUCAGCUGUGGCAAUCGAAACUGCCUAUGAAGGUCUUGAAAGUGCUGGACUUUCUGCGGGAAAAUCCGUACUUGAUUUAAGGGGUGCCGGUGGAGUCGAUGGAUUUCUUGUAAUCCAGGUAAAACCUAUGAGCUUUGAUUAUCUUUACUUCGGACUUCUGUUUCUUCCUGAAUACUAUAAUUCAGUCCAAUCCACCUUAUCAAACUCUAGUUUUGACGUCGUUUAUGAUGAUGCCGGUAAGAACAAUAUCAAUAUUGCUGCUAAAUUUGAAACCAAUGUAGACAUUAUGGGACUAACAUUCUCUGUCUGA